UUAUAGAUGAAAGUGUUCAAUGCUGGCUCGUUACGCAGGGUGGCUCGCGACGCCGGGAGGGACGUUAAAUAAAUUAUGAGCCUCGAAGAAAUCGCGGCCGAGUAUAUAAUAUCCCCCAGGGGCCUCGACCAUAACCGCAAUGAGAACCCAUCAAGAUCUCCAAGCCUAGCCGAACAGCAACGAGCCUGUCCCAUUUCUGCCACUGUCUUCCCUCUCCGAUCAUCAUGUCCGACAAGCCGACAAGUUCCCUCGACAUCCUUAACCCAACACCCUCCAAAAACAUCCGCACACCGGAGGAAGGCGAGAAAGCCCACCACCUCGAAGCGCUCUCCAAACUCAUGAUCGAGCGCGCCGCGGCGCAGGACUUCACGCACCCGGUCUGGCGGAACCUCUCGCCCAAAUUCGUCGGCGAGUUCGACUACCACACGGAGGAGCCGGUGCGGGACUUCGCCGGCUUCGUCCGACACCACCGCACCAUCCGCGAGAAGUUCCCCGAUUACUUCUUCGAAUUCGUGAAUGUCUCCGCGGACGUCCAUGAGCGGAACGGCACAGCGAGCGUGUACGUGCUGUUGAAGGUCACGGGCUACCCGACGAGUUUGGAACGGGCGAGCAUUCUGGUCUUGAGGUGGAGACAUCAGGAGGACUCGUGGAGUUGCUAUCGAGAGGGGGUUAUCCGGGGCAUUCAGUGGCACUGGUGAACAUUGUUGUUAUUGCAUCGGCCAAUCUUUGGGUCACUGCUUUAUCGUUUUGAUGGAAAGCGACCAUCUCGGGGCAUUUCUCAUUACACGAGAUUGAUGGAGCCGGACGCGGGACGCCUGGAUGGCAUAAUUCGCCCGCGGCUUCUGUUUUGUCCUACCAUUUCGGCGUCCGGGUGCGGGUUUCGCUGAUUUACAUUUUCAUAGCGAUGGCGUUCGGUGUUUCUGGGCAUGUCAUGGUGUUGGAUUAAUUGUUGGACUGCUGUACGAAAUACAUGGCUACGGUGCAAGCGGCUUAAGGGAUAAUUGGGACGUCUACUCCUCCAGCGUGAUCAUAUAUGUGGCA